AUGUCCGUCCCAUCCACCGAAUACCAUGUCGACUCUUUACCCAGCAUGUCUCAGGCUUUUUCUGAUAGUGACAGCAUUGGGGCUCUCACUCCCACUUCGUCCACCGACGUCCAGCCUUCUACUCCUGCCGAAAGCGAAACCAGCAGCUCUGUGAUCAGCGAAGCGACGGCAGCACUGCACCAUGAACUUGACAGGAAACUGGAAGCCCUUGUUCUGGCUGAAGAGACAGUACCUCCCCGCGGACAGUCAGCGGCCGAUCUCCCCACCGAUGUGCCUGCGCCGACUUCUCGAGACCCGUUCGGAUUCGUCUGUGCUUUCGGGUUUACGGGGGCAUUCGACGAGCCUUCAGCCAUCCCCAAGACAAAAGGCGCCUUCCUCGAUGCAAUCAGAGGUGAGAUUGAGGGAAUCGGCAUGACGCAGAGAGGUCUCCAAUCCUACCAGAACGCCAUCAACUCUCGAAAAUAUCAUACCUUCAGCACCCAAUUUCUCAUUGACCAGAACACCGCCACCGUGAUUACCCUCGACCAGUUGGAUCAAAUAACUACCCACCUGAAGAAAGUCGAGAGAGAGGUUCAGGAGAUUGAGAAAGAAGAUGGAGAGGUCAAGGACGAGCUCAUGGAAGCCUUUAGGCAUACUCAGCCGUGGGUAAUGCGCACACGGGCGAUCCUGCGACAUUGCCAUGUUUUCUACAAGCUCAACUUUGUCCUAGCCACUGGGAAGAAGACUACGCAGCAUUGA